AUGGCGCUCCGUUGGGGAAUCGUGUCCGUCGGCCUCAUCUCCAGCGACUUCACGGCCGUCCUGCAGUCGCUGCCUCGCUCCGAACAUCAGGUGGUGGCGGUGGCAGCCCGGGACCUAAGCCGGGCGAAGGAGUUUGCUCGCAAAUAUGACAUCCCCAAGGCAUAUGGCUCCUACGAGGAGCUGGCCAAGGACCCGAACGUGGAGGUGGCCUACAUUGGUGCCCAGCACCCCCAACACAAAGCUACGGUGAUGAUGUGCCUUGCGGGUGGCAAGGCGGUCCUGUGUGAGAAGCCCAUGGGUGUGAACGCUGCAGAAGUCCGAGAAAUGGUUGCCGAGGCCCGAUCCCGAGGCCUCUUCCUCAUGGAGGCCAUCUGGACCCGCUUUUUCCCUGUCUCAGAGAGUCUCAGGGCUGUCUUGGCACAGGGAACACUGGGAGACCUUCGGAUGGCCCGGGCAGAGUUUGGGGUGGACCUCACCCACGUGCCCCGGGCUUUGGACUGGGCACAGGCUGGCGGGGGCCUGCUAGACAUCGGGAUCUACUGUGUGCAGUUCAUCUCCAUGGUGUUUGGUGGGCAGAAGCCUGAGAAGAUUUCAGCCAUGGGAAGGCGCCAUGAAACCGGUGUGGAUGACACAGUGACCGUGCUGCUGCAGUACCCAGGAGGGGUCCAUGCUAGCUUCACCUGCAGCAUCACCGCCCCGCUGACCAACACGGCCUAUGUGACCGGCACCAAGGGGAUGGCCCAGGUCCUUGAACCCUGCUGGUGCCCAACAAAGCUGGUGGUGAAGGGGGAGCUCAAGGAGUUUCCACUGCCCUCAAUUACAGCCAAGUUCAAUUUUACAAACGGGCCAGGCAUGGCCUAUGAGGCAAAGCAUGUCCGAGAAUGCCUGCGCAAAGGCCUGAAGGAGAGUCCUGUGAUCCCCUUGGCCGAAAGUGAGCUGCUGGCUGACAUCCUUGAGGAAGUGAGGAAAUCCAUUGGAGUCACCUUCCCUCAAGACAAACACUGA